AGCAGGAAGCGGCGGCCGCGUGGGCGACGGGUCGCGGCGGAGGCUCUGGGAGGCGGCGGCGGGGCGUGUGGGGCGGCCCUCCUGGCUCAGCAUUAUGGAUCCAAGCCUCUUGAGAGAACGAGAGCUGUUCAAAAAACGAGCUCUUUCCACUCCUGUAGUAGAAAAACGCUCUGUAUCAUCUGAGCCAUCGUCAUCAUCAAAGAAGAAGAAAGCAAAGCUAGAACAUGGCGGGUCAUCAGGCUCUAAACAGAAUUCCGACCAUAGCAAUGGAUCAUUUAACUUGAAAGCUCUGUCAGGAAGCUCUGGAUAUAAGUUUGGCGUUCUUGCUAAGAUUGUGAAUUACAUGAAGACACGGCAUCAGCGAGGAGAUACACAUCCUCUUACUUUAGAAGAAAUUUUGGAUGAAACACAACAUUUAGAUAUUGGACUCAAGCAGAAGCAAUGGCUAAUGACUGAGGCAUUAGUCAAUAAUCCCAAAAUUGAAGUAGUAGAUGGAAAGUAUGCCUUCAAGCCCAAGUACAACUUGAAAGAUAAGAAGGCCCUACUUAGGCUCUUAGAUAAGCAUGACCAGCGAGGCUUAGGAGGAAUUCUUUUAGAAGACAUUGAGGAAGGACUGCCCAAUUCCCAGAAAGCCGUCAAGGCGUUAGGGGACCAGAUACUAUUUGUAAACCGUCCUGACAAGAAAAAAAUUCUUUUCUUCAAUGAUAAGAGCUGUCAGUUUUCUGUGGAUGAAGAGUUUCAGAAACUGUGGAGGAGUGUCACUGUGGAUUCAAUGGAUGAGGAGAAAAUUGAAGAGUAUCUGAAGCGACAGGGUAUUUCUUCCAUGCAGGAAUCUGGACCAAAGAAAGUGGCCCCUAUUCAGAGAAGGAAAAAGCCUGCUUCACAGAAAAAGCGACGGUUUAAGACUCACAACGAGCACUUGGCUGGGGUGCUGAAGGACUACUCAGACAUCGCACCCGGCAAGUAGUGAACAGUUCUGAGAGCAAAGAGUUACAAAGUCUAGAUCUUCCUUGUUGACCCUGGGAUCUGAAGACUGUCUUCUCAUUCUACUACUUAGGACUGAGGAGAGGAGCAGUUCAGUUUACAGAACUAGUGCAAAUUACCAAACUCGAAUGUGGGAAGACAUUCGGGAACCUUUUUGAUGUGGGCCGAGCGAUGGGAUUCUUGAGCAGUGGAGGAGCUGAGGGUGCGGGGCGUGGAGACUAAUAUCACCCUGUUUGGUCCUGAAGGAUGGCUGGUUAGCCAAAGACGGGUAAGAGUCCUCAGAGGAGGAACAACCUAAGACAGGCACAGCCGCAGAGGGGCCAACAGGGGUGGUGCAUAGAACCUUCCUUAUAUCACCGUGUUUGGCCCUGGAGGAUGACUGGUUAGCCAGAGACGGGUAAGAUUCCUCAAGGGAGGAACAACCUAAGACAGGCACAGUUGCAGAGGGGCCAACACGGGUGGGGCACAGACCCUUAAUCCUUUAGAGAGAGGUCUCCUGCCCCCAGGGCUGUUUUGCUCUCCACCCCCAGCUCAAAUCCACACCUGCUCAACUCAGACCCAGGAAGUAAACAAAGAUCAUUGCCUCAGUCAUGUGAGGCCUUUGAUUGUUUAUGAGUGUAACCUGAGAAUGUUAGCCCACGAACUCAAUAAAAGCAGCCUGGGAUGAGUCAGCGGGGCUCUUGAUCCCAGAG